AGAUGAUACAGCGCUGACUGGAUCUUCUCCACUUGCCUGUUCUUGCAGUGUCUCUUGAAUUUUAACUGCGCAUACACUGGACUUGAAGUCACAUGCUGUAUUCCUUGCAAUUGAAGCAUGGACCAUUGUCACUGCAGACAAUCUGAGGAAAGCCAUGUCUUGCAGAGACAGCAGUUUGAUCACACAGGUGGCAGACGUGUUGGAAAGCAGCUCCAUCUCAGGAUAAUUUUACAAGGAAUCUAGCACCACCUUUUCCAUUCAGGUGAAACAAAUCAGUGCCAAAUUUCUGCCAUAGCUCAGCAGGUUCCUUUGCCUGCUCGCUCUGGUGCUUCAGGCAGGUCUCACAGUUUGAGACAAUUCUGUCAAUGUCAGUGUUCAGUCCCAGGCAACAAACAGCAGUUCUGGCCCUCUUCUUACAUGUUUCCAUUCCAGCAUUCCGAGGUUCCCCCCAGGUAUUCUGUUGAGCGUUGCCUGGCCGUAGUACUUGUUGGAUGGCUUGUGGUUCUGCCUGAGCAGUUGCCCAUUUACAACACUCAGCUCAGCUCUGAUGUUGUAGUACUGCUGGCAUGAACCUCUGGGCCAACCAUCCUAAGAUUUAUGAUGACAAUUUUUUGAACUUUGUCUUCCUUAGUUUCAGCUGCAACCUGUUUGGAUUUCCUGUCUGACACAUGGAGAUUCACAUCAGUCUCUGUGGGACUCUUGUUAAAUAUAGUUCACUCUGUAUGCAGGACGUGGCAUCAGCCACCACAGUGUACUUUCCUGGUGUGUAAACCACCAAAUGGCAGUAUGAAGACAUUUUCGAUUUGGUCAUCUGUCCUUGUGAUUUUCCUGUUCUCCCCACUUAUCAUCACUGUGUGUCAUGGUGGAAAUGUGCUUGUGUUCCCCAUCGAAGGGAGCCACUGGGUAAACAUGAAGAUCCUUAUCGAGGCUCUGCAUGCUCGGGGGCACAAUAUAACGAUUGUACGCUCAGACAAGAGCUGGUACAUCGAGGAGAAAUCUCCCCUUUACAGCUCCAUUACCGUGCCUGUGGAAGAGAGCAUAGAUGAGGAAUUUAUUCUAAAAAUGAUCAUGCAAGGACUUGACAUUCAAAGAGGAAAAAUCUCUGUGAUGAACUUUGUCAGCAUGCAGAUUCAGAUGUUUGGCGCACUCACCAAAGCUCAUCACAUGGUGAGCAAAAUCGCAGAGGCAAUUUUCAAAGACACUAUGUUGACAAAAAGAAUUCAGGAAAGCCAGUAUGAUUUAGUUCUCACGGAUCCUUGCUGGGGUGCUGGAACAUUAUUGGCAAAGUACUUUAACCUGCCUUUGGUUUACAAUGUGAGAUGGCUCCCCAUCGGAGAGGGGCACUUUGCCAUUGCGCCUUCUCCAUUAUCCUACAUCCCACUCACGGGAUCUGGCUUUUCGGACAUGAUGUCCUUCACUGAACGGAUCAGAAAUGUGAUUUUCUAUUUGCUUAUGCUCUUUCAUGAUAUGUAUCUUGUCAGGCCUCAUUACCAAGCUGUGUGUCACCAGUACCUUGGCCCAGAUGUGGACUUUCACUCAUUAAUGCAAGCAGCUGAUCUCUGGCUUAUGAGGGUUGAUUUUGUUUUUGAAUUCCCUCGCCCUACAAUGCCCAAUUUUGUGUACAUGGGAGGGUUCCAGUGUAAGCCAGCCAAGCCUCUGCCCCAAGACCUGGAGGAGUUUGUGCAGAGCUCUGGAGAACAUGGAGUCAUUAUUAUGUCAAUGGGUACCUUUAUUGGUCAGCUUCCCCAUGAUAUAGCAGAAGAGAUAGCUGCUGCUUUUGCCCAAAUGCCUCAGAAGAUCAUCUGGAGGUACACAGGAGAAAGGCCAAAGACUCUGGGUAACAACACCCUAUUGAUCAAAUGGAUGCCACAGAAUGAUCUCCUGGGCCAUCCAAAGACCAGAGCCUUUGUGGCGCAUGGAGGAACCAAUGGAGUUCAAGAAGCCAUUUACCAUGGCAUGCCAGUAGUGGGAAUCCCAAUAUUCUUUGACCAAUAUGACAACCUCCUUCGACUGCAAAGUAGAGGAGGAGCUAAGAUCCUCGAUGUACUAACUUUAAACAAAGACAUCGUCCUCCAGGCCUUACAGGAAGUGCUCAAUGAACCAUCCUACAGGAUGAACAUGCAGAGACUUUCCAGGCUGCACCUGGACCAGCCAAUGAAACCACUGGACCGUGCAAUGUUCUGGAUUGAGUUUGCCAUGAGACACAAAGGUGCUGCUCACCUGCGCACAGAGUCCUACAAGAUGCCCUGGUAUGCCUACCACUCAGUGGACGUUAUAGUGGUGUUAUUGGCUGCCGUGCUUCUUAUCUUAAUGACUGCGGUUGCUAUCAUCAGAUGUUUGUGCUGCAAGGCAUGCAGGGCAAGAAAAAUAAAAUCUGAUUGAAUGUACUGUUAUCUGACUGUUAUCUGCUUAAAAACUUCAAAGAUUUAAAAAUAAAAGGCAUUGCUGAAAAUCUCUUUUAGAUUUAACGACUGCCAAGUUAUAUUUGUACCGAUCUGUAGCCUAUUAGUGUAAUUGAAAAUGCUUAUUAAACUCUUUUGAACCACA